AGUUCCAGUUGCUUCGGAUAUUACAUCGUACGUUUCGAGCACUUCAUAGUUCCGACUCGAGGAGCAGUGACAUUUAACGACAAUGGGACUAAACACGUUUACAGUGAUUUGGCCAAUUGUAGCCCUGUGCUGUUUAUUCAAGAGGGCUCGCCUGUACAAUGUGGCUUUGGAAAGUGCCGUCCAGUUUCAAGGGGCCGAAGGGUCAUUAUUUGGUUAUUCGGUAAUAUUGCACAGUUAUAAAGAUGAAAAGUGGUUUGUGGUGGGCGCUCCGAAAGCAAACUCUUCCCUGUAUAACGCGACAGUAAAUCCUGGAUCUAUUUACAAAUGUCGAAUCAGCCAAAAUCCUGACAGAAACUGCGAAGAAAUCCCUUUAGGUAACCAUGAGGGGAACAAAUGUGGGCAAGAUUGUACAGAAGAAAGGGAUAACCAGUGGCUUGGUGUUAGUUUGGCAAGGCAACCAAAGGAAGAUGGUUACAUACUGGCUUGUGCACAUCGUUGGAAAAAUAUAUUCCGCAUAGAAUCUGAGAUAAUGCCACUUGGGUUGUGUUUUAAAAUUUCCCCAGACUUACAGCAUUCUGUGGAUUCGCCACUGAUACCGUGUUACAAAGAAAAUAAAGAGGAACGUGAUAAGAUGUUUUGUCAGGCUGGGAUUGCUAGUUUUGUAACUGAGGAUUUAAUUGUAAUGGGAGCUCCUGGAUCUAAUUUAUGGGCUGGAACAGUUUUAGUCAAAAAUGAGAAAGACAAUUCUUUGCUCUUUUAUGAAGAUUUGGAUUAUGUAAUCAAAGAUGGCAGCUAUCUUGGUUAUUCGGUUAGUGCAGGACACUUUAUUUAUCCAAACAGCACAGAAUUUGUGGCAGGGGCACCACAGCAGGAGAUGAUGGGUCAAGUUUACAUCUUUAAGAAAGAUGGAAUGGACUUGAGCAUAAUGUUCGAGGCAAAGGGUAAAAAGCUUGCUUCUUACUUUGGCUCAUCAGUUUGUGCGGUGGAUCUCAAUUCAGAUGGCCUCUCGGAUCUGUUAGUUGGAGCCCCCAUGUACAGCGUGGUCAGAGAUGAAGGAAGGGUCUAUGUUUACUUGAACAUGGGAUUGGGAAAGCUGAAGGAGCUGGAAAUUGAGCUUGUAGGAGGAAAUUCCUAUGCGGCCAGAUUUGGGGAAACAAUUGUGGAUCUUGGAGACAUUGAUGAUGAUGGACAUUCAGAUAUAGCAAUAGGUGCUCCCCAAGAAGAUGAUCUACAUGGGGCGAUUUAUAUCUACAAUGGCAGAGAGACUGGAAUAUCUUCAACCUUUUCUCAAAAAAUCCUUGGGCAACAGAUCAGUAAUAACUUGCGUGCCUUUGGCCAAUCGAUAUCUGGAGGUAUUGAUGCAGAUGGAAAUGGUUACUCAGAUAUCGCUGUUGGUGCCUUCAUGUCUGAUACUGUGGUGUUGCUCAGAAGCAGACCUAUUGUGAUCGUGGAAUCCUUCCUGCUGUUGCCUCCUUCAAUCAACCAAACACACAUGGAAUGUUUUGAGAAUGAGAAGCCAGUAACGUGCAUCAAUGUUACUGUCUGCUUUGGUCACAAGGGGAAGAAAAUUCCUGGAUAUAUAGUGUUGCAGUACAACAUUAGUGCCGAUGUCCACAGAAGGACUGGGUUUCCUUCCAGAUUUAAGUUGGUAUCUGAUGGCAAAUUGAAAAGUCAUUCAGGAGAGAUUAUGCUUUAUCAAAAUAUUAUUAACUGUAACACUCAUUAUGCAUUUAUGAAGGAAAAUGUCCGAGACGUUAUCACACCAGUCUACUUUGAAGCAACUUAUUUCCUGGGUAAGCACAUUGUAAGGAACGAAUCCGGAGAUGCUUUCCCCCCACUCCAACCUGUUUUGCAAAAUAAUGAAAAUGAAAGAAAUGGAGUCAAGAACAAGACACAUUUUGAACGAUUAUGUACUUUUGAAGACUGUGCUGCAAACCUUCAGGUUUCUGGAAAGCUGGUGUUAGAAGGGCGCCAUGUAAACAAAUCUUACCUGGCUGUUCAAGAGGUGAAGAGGAUUAUCCUGAACAUAGCUCUAUUCAAUGCCGGGGACAACGCCUACUCGAGCACUCUUAUUGUUAAAAUGUCCAAGGAUAUAAACUUUUUCAAGACAGUGGAAAUGGUGGAAAAAUAUGUAAUAUGUGAUGUGACUGAGGAAGAAAAUUCAACAUGUCUGGAAUGCAGCGUUGGACAUUUGUACAUGAAUUCUCAAUCAAAGGUGGAAUUGAGUUUUUUUCUUGAUACCAGCAAGUUUACCAGAGCAGAGAGAGAUCUUGUCAUCACUAUUAAUGCAACAUGUAAAAAUGAGCAGAGUCUGGAUUUACUUCAUGACAAUUUUAUCACUCUUAAUAUGCCCUUAAAAUAUGAGAUUGCUGUUGCAGUACAUGGGUCAGUGUUUCCUCCUUCAUUUUUGUACGAGGGGGCCACGGAUAAUGAUGCAGUAACCUAUAGUUUCUAUGAUUCACCUUGCGUAUACCAGGACAUCAACUAUAAAUUUCAAGUCAUGAACGUGGGGAAUGGCAUGGCUCCUGAUAUUGAACUGAAAAUUGCACAACCUAAUGCAUUGGAAGGAAAUGACUUUAAGUUAUUUGAAAUUCUUCAUAUAAAGUCCAGUCAUGGAGAAUGUCAGUUUGAUAAUCAUUUGGAAAGCUGCACCGAACUACCAGAUGUAACAGUGGUCCAUCAAAUAUAUAACUUGGUCAACAAGUUUGGAAGUAAAGAAUUGUCUUGCUUCCGACAUGGAAUUUCCUGUUUACACAUCACUUGUCAGCUUGGAGACAUUGAAGGUGGCAAAGUUGCAUCCAUCCAAGUUGCCACGAGACUCAACUAUGCAUUUCUCGCAACAGGUACAGCUGCAUCAACUAGAUUUUUUACUGAAGCUGUUGCAUCAUCAAGACAAAAGUUCAACGUUGUUCAAGUUGGAGAAAUGAACAUGACUGUUGUAAUGGAAGCACAUUAUAAUUUUAAACUUAAAAUGAAAGUAAAAAUAGGAAUUUCUAUAAUCGGUACGUUCCUGGUGGUUUUAAUAAUGGUUCCAAUCAUAUACUCAUUUUGGAAGUGUGGAUUCUUUAAAAGUCAACUGGAAGAGAAGAAAAAUAACUACCAACUGUGGAUUCCAAUCGUUCACAAUGAUGACUCUCUAAUGGACGAAGAGUAAUUGUUCAAUGCCCUUUGGUGGUUUACAAUAUUAAUGCCCCUAAGUGAGCUAGAUGGAGACUGCUAUGCUCACAAUCCCAUUGAUCCCCGGAGGCAGUGGGCUGGAUGUAAUAACAUUUCAGCAGUGAGUAUGCUGUGCAUUGUAUACUGUUGAGGUCUUGCCUGUGGAACAUCCUUAAAGACUUUAAUAUGAGGCAACAUUGGGGGUGAAGUCUGAGAAACACUUAUGAUUUAUUAAAUGCAACUCAUGUUGA